AUGAUGGGCGCCACAGCCACCUCGGCCUAUACCACAGAGCCCUCUGGCACUGACCCUCACCGCUAUCAGACGGGCUUCGGCAAUCGGUUUGCGUCUGAAGCGAUCCCAAACGUUUUGCCGAGUGGGAGGAACGUGCCACAGAAGAUCAAAUACGACCUAUACUCGGAACAGCUCAAUGGCUCCUCCUUUAUCGCGCCCCGACAGAUGAUCCAGCAUGUCUGGAUGUAUCGCAUUCGCCCAUCAGUGGCUCACGGCGAUGUAUCUCCUUCCACUGCAAACCCUCAUAUUGAAGCGUGCUUCUCAGCUGCAAACAAGGAUGUAGAAUACGUUGCUUCACAAGAGGCGUGGGAUCCCUUUCCCAUCUUGCCGGAACCUGACGCCUCGUCAAGCGGCGGUGGGGUUGACUUUGUCGAGGGAAUCCGCACCAUUGCGGGACAAGGUGACCCGGCCUUGAGGGAAGGUCUUGCCAUUCACAUCUACACGGCAAAUGCCUCCAUGACCAACAGAGCCUUCUCCAAUAAUGACGGAGACCUGCUCAUACUACCUCAAGAGGGGCGUUUGAACAUUCAGACUGAACUUGGCUGGAUGAUGGUGCGGCCAGGCGAGCUUGUAGUUAUUCAAGCUGGUAUUCGCUUUCGAGUCCUUCUGCCUGAUGGACCCGUCCGUGGAUAUAUCCAGGAAAUCUUUGGAGCUCACUACGACCUUCCGGAACUGGGACCCGUGGGAUCCAACGGCAUGGCCCUCCCUCGAGACUUUGAGUCGCCAGUUGCCAGCUUUGACGUUGAUGACUCGGCUUGGGACAUUGUCUAUAAGCUUGCCGGCACAUUGCAUGUCUGCCGACAAAAGCACACUCCAUUCGACGUAGUGGCAUGGCACGGGAAUCUGGUACCGUAUAAGUAUGCAAUCGAGAAAUUUGUCAACAUGACAAACGUGGAAAAGGACCAGGCCGACCCCACAAUCUACUGCGUGCUCACAGCCAAGUCCAAGACACCGGGCGUCUCGCUGACCGACUUUCUGGUCUUUACACCCAAAUGGAUCACAACUUCAGAUACCUUCCGGCCGCCAUACUACCACCGCAAUAUGAGCACCGAGAUGAUGGGUCUUAUUUAUGGCCAAUACGGAGGCAGCAGUCACGUCCUCGAGCCCGGCGGUCUUAGCUACGAGGCAAGCUACAUGCCUCACGGAGAGACGUACGAGACGUGGAAAGAUGCCACGACGCGCGAUCUCAAACCCGAGAGGAUUUGCGAAGACACCAUGGCGUUUAUGUUCCACAUCAGCGUUCCCAUGUUCCUGACAAAAUGGGCGAUGCGGGGAGAGGGUGCCAAGUCACUGCACCCAACGGCACCAACCCAGUGGGAUGACGUCAAGGCUCACUUCCUGGACCAUCUAGAGGAGAUUGAAGCCGAUUUGGCAGCUGCGGGAAUGCCUGCACUGACGGCGAGAAAGACAGUGGUGAAGGGUCGAGAGAAUGGAGAGCAUCAGGGGGUGAAUGGGAACUUGAAAAGGAGGCGCACUGAUGCGGCAGCGUAGCAGGUACAUCUAGUAACAAAUUAACCGUCUUAGGGACGAU